AUGUCUAUUGACGCUCCAUCCAGCUCGGGACUUGACAGUCAAUCUCCGCUAAGCUCCACCAACGGACUUGAUUCAGAGAAACUGGGCACUGCAUCUGCGGAGAAAAUCCUGCGAAAACCUCAAGGUCCAGCUCCAGAUGGUGGGCUGACGGCGUGGUUGGUGCUGGCGGGCGCUUGGUGUGUCCUAUUUUGUAGUUUUGGAUGGAUCAACAGCAUUGGUGUAUUCCAGAACUAUUACGAGGUAUCGUUACUGUCCCAGUAUUCCGCUAGCACCAUCGCAUGGAUUCCAUCGUUGCAAAUAUUUUUCAUGUUCGCCAUGGGUCCGAUUGUUGGCCAGCUUUACGACCGCUUUGGACCUCGCUACCUGCUCUUGGUCGGAUCGUUUCUACAUGUCUUUGGUCUCAUGAUGGCUUCAAUAUCAACGCAAUACUACCAAGUUCUCCUUUCUCAAGGAGUUUGUAGUGCUAUUGGGGUUUCUUGUAUUUUUCAGCCCGCCAGUGGAUCAAGCAUUGGAGGCAUCAUCUUCCCAAUUAUGGUACAAAAAUUAAUUAUUGAAGUUGGAUAUGGAUGGUCAAUGCGCAUUGCAGCAUUCAUGAUACUAUUCCUUCUAAUGAUUGCAAACUUGACAAUCAAGUCUCGCUUUCCUCCCAAUCCUCGGACGAUGACGAAAGAAGAACUAACUCAGCCAUUCAAGGAAGCAAAAUGCAUCCUCAUUCUUUGCGGAUUUUUGCUCCUGACCUUUGGAAUCUUUAUUCCCAUCGACUACGUGGUCGCAGAGGCGUAUGCCUCGGGUAUGAGCUAUAAUCUUGCUCAAUAUUUGCUUGCCAUGCUGAAUGCAGGAAGAUAUAUUAAUCUUUUUGGUCGUCUAGGAGCCGGCGCUCUAGCAGAUCGAAUUGGCUCAUACAAUAUCUUCGUUAUUGUCUGUUACCUCUCAGGCAUUCUAGUGCUUGCGCUCUGGAUUCCUGCUGCUUCCAACGCAGCGGAAAUUGUCUUCGCGAUUGUAUUUGGUUUCUCGUCCGGGGCAUACGUCUCGUUGAUUGCGGGUUUGAUUGCCAAAAUCUCGCCCUUCAAGCAAAUUGGAUAUCGAACCGGUCUCACUUUUCUAUUUGGUUCCAUCGGUGGGUUAACAACCAACCCAAUUGCCGGUGCCAUUCUUCAGAACUCCGGUGGAUCAUAUCUCGGUAUGAAGAUCUUCUCCGGCGUCUGCAUCAUUGCCGGGACGUCCUUUGUUCUUGGUGCUCGGCUGCAUGAGACGGGAUUGAAGUUGAUUGCAAAUUUCUAA